UCCCCUUAAGUUUACUUUGCCCUUUACGGGAGAUGAGAUUCAGCCUCCGUAAACCCGCCGAGAGACGACCAGGGACGGGGGAGGAAACUUUGUGAGCAAGCUGUGAAAUCUGCUGCAUUCAGGAUUAUCUGCGGGCCAUGGACGGUUUCUUCUAGUUGGGAGUUUUUUGCGGAUUCCCGGGUUGUGCGCCUGCAGCAGAGCGGACCGCGCAGUGCGACUCCAGCCGGCUCUGAAGGAAACCAUAUCUGGUCAAAGUAUUCGUUGCUGUCACCCAGCGGGACUGUCCGGCUAUAAAUAGCGCUGGAGGAGGUCUCUCUCUUUCCCAGGAGUGCUACGUGCACUUGGCUGCCUUUGCUGUAAUUUUACCCCUGAGCUGGGGGUCAUUGAGGUGUGCUGUCCAUCAUGUCGGUGUUGAAGAAGGAGAUGGAUAAGUACAGGGACAUAGACGAGGACGAGCUGCUGAAGAAACUGUCAGAGGAAGAGCUGCAGCGGUUAGAGGAUGAAUUAGAGGAGCUGGAUCCUGAUAAUGCGUUGUUGCCAGCUGGGAUGCGUCAGAAGGACCAGACCAAGAAAUCUCCGACAGGAAACUUUCAGAGAGACAACCUGCUGGCCCAUCUGGAGAAACAGGCCAAAGAGCAUCCUGACAAAGAAGACCUGGUGCCCUUCACAGGGGAGAAGAGAGGGAAAGCCUUUGUGCCUAAAAAGCAUGUGGACCCCAUCAUGGAGAAUGUGACCCUGGAGCCGGAGCUAGAAGAAGCCCUGGCUAGUGCAUCUGAUGCUGAGCUCUGUGAUAUCGCAGCCAUACUGGGUAUGCACACCCUGAUGAGUAACCAGCAGUACUAUGAAGCCCUGGCCAGCAGCAACAUAGUCAACAAGCAAGGCCUCAACAGUGUGAUCCAGUGCACCCAGUAUAAACCAGUCCCCGAUGAAGAGCCCAACUCCACUGAUGUUGAAGACACCCUGUUGAGAAUGAAGAGGAACGACCCUGACCUGGUGGAGGUCAACCUCAACAACAUCAAGAACAUCCCCAUCAAGACUCUGAAGGCAUACGCUGAGGCUCUGAUGAAGAACACUGUGGUGGAGAGGUUUAGUAUCGUAGGAACCAGGAGUAACGACCCUGUAGCAUUUGCCCUGGCAGAGAUGUUGAAGGUGAACACGACGCUGAAAAGCCUGAACGUUGAGUCCAACUUCAUUACAGGGACUGGAAUCCUGUUCCUCAUAGGUUCACUGCAGAAUAACACCACACUACAAGAGCUCAAGAUAGACAAUCAGAGCCAGCCAUUAGGCAACAAGGUGGAGAUGGAGAUAGCCAGCAUGCUGGAGAAAAACAACACGCUGUUGAAGUUUGGAUAUCAUUUCACCCAGCAGGGCCCGCGCCUCCGAGGCUCCAAUGCCAUGAUGAACAACAACGACCUGGCUCGGGUGGUCAGGUCCGAGUCGGACGGCUCCUUCACCCUCACUCUGUCCGUCCCUGAGUUGGAGAGGGCCUUCGGGAAAAAGUUCAAUUCCAAGACUAAUAAGAAAGAGAAGGCUUGAGGGAGGACCUAUCUUCCCUAAGUGUCGGACAAAUGUGUAGAAACCAGGGCUACCCUCAACCCUCUGUUCCCCUUCGGCUACGACCAUCUUUCCAAACCCCGUCCUGUAACCCUCUCCGACAUCGCGCCGUACGAUGGCAGAAGACAACGCCCACCAUGUCACCAUGUUGUCUCUGAACUCUUUCUACUUUCCAGACUCUUUUUUUAGUAGAUAUUAAAGGAUCUAAUGGGAUUAAUCAGCAGUGUCCUUCUGAGCUUUCAGUGCAUGCACAAGGUGAGAUUGUGUGUUUAUCUUUGCGCUCUGAAGUUUUGCCUUGGGUUCCAGGCGUGGACAUUUGCUGUAGCUCUUUUGUACGAAUCAUGAAUCCUUUAAUAUCUCCUCAAGUGUCUUGAUUCCUUAAUAAAGGAGGCUGGAGGUCUGGUUUUAAUGAGGGCCCAUUGAAAGGCGACAGGACAUCAUUUCUAUUGAUGAGUUGAAUGAAUUCUAAUUAUUAUUAAUAUGCUGUAAAUGAGUUGUGCUGCCAUUACUGUUCCCAAAAGCUUCUGAUGUUGCCUCAGGGUAGACAUACAAGGUAUUUUCGGCAAAUUAUACAUCAAAGCUAAUGUCCCAUAUGAAUUUGAUAGACCUCAGAUAAUGUGAUAUUUGAUUUUGACCCGGUUUAAAAAUUCAAACAUACAUAUUUCAGUGAGUCACAGUGCUCAGAUGCUAUACAGAUUCUUCAGUAAUGGACAGAUACUGGCUACUGUGAGAUUUGUCGCUUUAUAGAGAAUAUAUUUAUUUGUGACAGGCCUGGGAAAGAGUCAGAAGCCAUUAAAAUACCUGAAAAAUGAAAGUUUCUGUAAAUGAAACUCUAACUACACUUUACAUUGUUAUAUUAUCCAGCAUUUAUAUUAGUGGCCCCUGCAGGGUAUUCCUGCUAGCUGGGAAUAGCAACUGUUUUCUUUACUGACAUUAGAUAUUCUAUGUACCCACCGUAACAUAUCCUACAAACACUGUGUUGUUUUAUAGAAUUCAUUGUCUACAAUCCAUUAUGUAAGUCAGACUAUAAUAACCCAAAGACAGUAUUUGAAUGGACUUCUGUUACACUUUCAACCAGGUCUGGUUUGUUGAUUGUGUUUAUUUUUAUUUGCUGGAGCUAAAACGUGUGGUUUAAUACAAAAUGAUUGGUACUGUUUAUUACAGGUUUCACAUAAAAGCCUCAAUCCAGGUUUCAGUAACGGGUGGUUAAAAAUAAACAGGAAACCUCUAAUGUCUUUACACCUGUCAGAUUACACAAAUCCCAUCAAUUUUAUAAAAAGAAACUAAUGUUAACAGACUAUUUUUGCAGUUUCACAAUGCUUGUUAGCUGUGUGACGGGAUUUAAAUCAACCACCGAACAUCUGAAACAUGGUAUUACACUCUGAUACCGGCUGGAUCUCUAAGAGUUCACAAUGGAAAUGUUCUUCUCAUCAAGGGCAAAACAUGUCUGUGAAUACAUGUCCUUGUUACCAACUACAUGCUGGUAAUGAUGAACUCUGCUGUGUAUUUUGCAGCACUUUAACAAAUGAACAGCACAAUGAGAAAAAGGAGGGUUAGCUGCUAUGUAACCAGGAACUAGAGCUAAUAUGUUGCUGUCUGAAAAUAAAACGGCUCCAGUAAAAAUCAUCGGAAAAAAGUCUUGUUACGUUUUAAUGACUCAAGAUUAAAUGGGUCUGUAUGUUUCUGCUUAAAGAAAAUGGGUAAACUACAAGUGGCAGACUUGAAGGUAAAUCUGACCCAACUGUACCUGAUACUGACAGCAUGUUUGAGGGUUAGAGAACCCUUUUAAUGUUAUUUAAUGUCACUGCUUUGUUACUUUCUUGUCAGUGUUGUGGGUGUUGUUCAACAAAUGGUAAUUAUGGAUGUAAACAUUUGUUAAGCAGUAAGUGACAUAAUGCUAAAGGUAAAGGAGAACGUGGACUCCUGCCGCUCACAGUCUUUGUGUGUCCAGUUCUUUUCUUCUGUCUAGUUUUUUCUGAUAUUUUAGUGCUUGACUCUGUGUUUUGUUAGAUAGUUCACCUUUUUUGGUUGAAUUUUUGUUUAAUAAAUAAAUAAAGCUUGAAAAUAA